GGGAUAAGUGAAAUUGAAACAUUGUCGGUUGAUUUUUGCGAUAUAAACAGAUCUUAUUCCUUACAUAUUUAAAUCUACAUUCCACAUUUAAAUUUGGAAGACGUUAUCAUGGCCACCAGCACUGUGUCUCCAAUUAUAAUGCGAAUUAUGGCCGCUUCAAUCAAGACUUCGGUGAAAGCGGCUUCCAUUAUUCGUGAUGUCCUCAAAACGGGCGACUUAGGAAUCGUCGAUAAAAGUAAUAAGAACGAUACACAAAUUGAUCCACAAACAUUGGCAGAUCGAUCUGCCCAAAGGUGUAUAAUUGCCUCGUUAACCAAAAAGUUCCCCAGCGUAAAAAUAAUUGGCGAGGAGGGCGACUCUGAUUUGAAUGUGCCUUCGGAUUGGCUGGUGGAAGACUUGGAUGAAGCAUUCCUUGAGCAGUCUUGUCCUAGCGAAUGGAAAGAUGUUAAACCAGAGGAUUUUGUCAUUUGGGUGGAUCCGCUGGACGGUACCGCAGAGUACACACAGGGCUUUGUGGAGCAUGUGACUGUUCUUAUUGGCAUAGCUGUUAAAGAUGCGGCAGUGGGUGGCGUUAUUCAUCAGCCCUUCUAUAAACAUCCAAGCGGUGAGCUUGGACGCACCAUUUGGGGCCUAAAAGGCUUGGGUACAGGUGGAUUCGUUCCGAUUUUACCACCUACCGGUCAGUUCAUAAUUACUACCACUCGAUCGCAUUCCAAUGCUUUGCAUCAGCAGGCACUGAACUCGUUUAACGCUACCCAGACCAUAAAAGUGGGCGGCGCUGGUUUUAAAGUCCUUCAAUUGCUCGAGGGAAAGGCACAUGCUUAUGUUUUUGCCACGCCGGGAUGCAAAAAAUGGGACACUUGUGCCCCAGAAGCUGUACUGGAAGCCCAAGGUGGCACACUGACCGAUAUCGAUGGUAACCACUAUGCCUACAAUGCAAGUGUGGAGCACAUCAAUCGUAAGGGAGUGUUGGCCACUGUGGGUCAGGAUCAUGCGGAGCUAGUGUCCAAAAUACCGCUUGAAGUGAGGCAGGCAGUAGGCAAUAAAUAAAAAGAUGAAUUCGCUUUAUCUAAAGCAUUUAAAUUGAAA